GGAGAUGGUAAAGUUGAAGCUGAAAUAUUAGUUCGAGAGUUAUAUAAUGAUAUAAAACAGGAUCUUUUGCCUAAAAAUAAUGAAAAUUUAUUUAGCAAUCCAUCAUUAUUAGACGAUAGUGAUAUUUUUAAAGCAUUAGAAGAUGAUGUGCCAUUAGAAGAGGAGGAUGAUGAUGAGAUAAAUUU